GGACAGAGCCCUCACCGUGAGAGGACAGCGCCCGGGCAGUGCUGAGGGGACAGCGCCCGUCACCGUGAGAGGACAGCGCCCGGGCAGUGCUGAGAGGACAGUGCCCGUCACCGUGAGAGGAUAGCAUCUGGGCAGUGCUGAGGGGACAGCGCCCGUCACCGUGAGAGGAUAGCAUCUGGGCAGUGCUUAGGGGACAGCGCCCGUCACCGUGAGAGGACAGCGCCCGGGCAGUGCUGAGAGGACAGUGCCCGUCACCGUGAGAGGAUAGCAUCUGGGCAGUGCUGAGGGGACAGCGCCCGUCACCGUGAGAGGACAGCGCCCGGGCAGUGCUGAGGGGACAGCGCCCGUCACCGUGAGAGGACAGCGCCCGGGCAGUGCUGAGGGGACAGCGCCCGUCACCGUGAGAGGACAGCGCCCGGACAGUGCUGAGGGGACAGCGCCCGUCACCGUGAGAGGACAGCGCCCGGACAGUGCUGAGAGGACAGUGCCGGUCACCGUGAGAGGACAGUAUCUGAGCAGUGCUGAGGGGACAGCGCCCGUCACCGUGAGAGGACAGCGCCCGGACAGUGCUGAGAGGACAGUGCUGGUCACCGUGAGAGGACAGUAUCUGAGCAGUGCUGAGGGGACAGCGCCCAGGCAGUGCUGAGGGGACAGUGCCCGUCGCCGUGAGAGGACAGAGCCCCGGCCGUGGUGAGGGGACAGCGCCCGUCACUGUGAGAGAACUGCAUCCGGGCGGUGCUGAAGGGACAGCGCCUCAUGGUCAGUGCUGAGGGGACAGCGCCUCUUGGUCAGUGCUGAGGGGACAGCGCCUCUUGGUCAGUGCUGAGGGGACAGCGCCUCAUGGUCAGUGCUGAGGGCCCAAGCAACGCUUGGUGCUGCCAGGACACUCCUGGUGACCGGGCAGCUUUCUGGCCACUUGGUGCUAGAAGAGCAGCUUGAGGGUCAGCUCCUGCCUCCACCCAACCCCAGCCCACUGUCCACUGCCCCCAGCUCCCAGUCCCUAGCCCCCCAGCCCGCUGCCUCUGCCCCCAGCCCCUGCUCCCAGUCCCCUGCCCUCCAUCCCCCAGGCCCCUGCCCCCUGCUCCCAACCCACUGCCCCCUGCCCUCAUCAGCCCAUGGUCCCUGGAACUGCAGGGAGCCAGGGCCCCGGGGAUGCCCUGUGGGUGAGCCGCCUGCAGCCGGGUCCAUGGCGGUCGCCAGGAAGAUCAAGACUUUGCUGACGGUCAACAUCCUGGUGUUUGUGGGCAUCGUCCUGUUCUCUGCCUACUGCCGCCUGCAGGCCCGUUCCGAGGGGCUGGUGCAAUUGGUGCCUGGUGCUCGUGGAGGCCACGGCCAGGAUGGCCAGGUGGGCUCACUGGGGGCUCGGGAGGCCAUCCUGCAACGCCUGGAUCACCUGGAGGAGGUGGUCUACAGUCAGCUGAAUGGUCUGGCCAAGCCUAUUGGCCUUGUAGAGGGGCCAGGUGGCCUGGGCCAGGGCGGUGUGGCAGCCACCCUGCAUGAGGACAGCGCAGAGAGCGAGGGCAGGUUUGAAGACUUCGGCUACAAUGCUCAGCUCAGCGCCCGCAUCUCCCUGGACAGGACCAUCCCCGACUACCGGCCCAAGAAGUGUCGGCAGCUGGCCUACCCCCAGGACCUGCCACAGGUCUCCGUGGUCUUCAUCUUCGUGAACGAGGCACUGUCGGUCAUCCUGCGUUCCGUGCACAGCGUGGUCAACCGCACGCCCUCCCAGCUGCUCAAGGAGGUCAUCCUGGUGGACGACAGCAGUGACCACAGUGAGGGUGGCCCCGGACGGGGAGCCUUCAGCUCCUGCACCGCCAUGUCCCCAGCCCUCUCGGAGCUCAAGUCCAGCCUGGACCGGUACGUGAGGCAGCGCUACCCUGGCCUGGUCAAGGUCCUGCGCACCAGCAGGCGGGAGGGCCUAAUCCGUGCACGGCUGCUGGGCUGGCGGGCGGCCACAGCACCCGUGGUCGGCUUCUUCGAUGCCCACGUGGAGUUCAGCACCGGCUGGGCCGAGCCGGCGCUGACCCGCAUCCGGGAGGACCGGCGCCGCGUGGUGCUGCCCGCCAUCGACAACAUCCGCUUUGACACGUUCGAGGUGCAGCAGUUUGCGAGCGCCGCCCACGGCUACACCUGGGGGUUGUGGUGCAUGUACAUCACCCCUCCUCGGGCCUGGCUGGAGCAGGGAGAUGAGGCUGCGCCCAUCCGGACCCCGGCCAUGAUCGGCUGCUCUUUCAUGGUGGACCGGGAGUACUUCCGGGACAUCGGGUUGCUGGACCCGGGCAUGGAGGUGUACGGUGCUGAGAACAUCGAGCUGGGCAUGCGGGUGUGGCAGUGUGGGGGCAGCAUGGAAGUGUUGCCUUGCUCCCGAGUUGCGCACAUCGAGCGUAGCCGCAAGCCCUACAGCAGUGACAUCGACUACUACGCCAAGCGCAACGCCCUGCGCACAGCCGAGGUCUGGAUGGACGGCUUCAAGUCCCAUGUGUACAUGGCCUGGAACCUGCCUCUGGCUAACCCCGGGGUGGAUUUCGGCGACGUGUCUGAGCGGCAGGCACUGCGCCAGAGGCUGAAGUGCCGCAGCUUCCAGUGGUACCUGGAGAACGUGUACCCCGAGAUGCGCACUUACAACGACACGCUCACGUACGGAGAGGUGAGAAACAGCAAGGCCAGUGGCUACUGCCUUGACCAGGGGGCAGAGGACGAUGACCAGGCCAUCCUGUAUCCCUGCCACGGCAUGUCCUCCCAGCUGGUGCGCUACAGCACGGCGGGGCUUCUGCAGCUGGGCCCCCUGGGCUCCACGGCCUUCCUGCCUGACGCCAAGUGCCUGGUGGACGAGGGCCUCACCCACACACCCGCCCUGAGGAGCUGCGAGGACGUGGCCCGGCCCAGCCAGCGGCUGUGGGACUUUACCCAGGGCGGUCCUAUUGUGAGCCGGGACUCAGGCCGCUGUCUGGAGGUGGAGGUGUCCAAGGAUGCCCACUUCGGCCUGCGGCUGGUGGUACAACGCUGCUCAGGGCAGAAGUGGACCAUCCGGAACUGGAUCAAGCCCCCCCGACACUGACCCCCCCCCCCCGAGGGGCCCCAGGACUGGACACUGACCUUGGACACUCUUGCCUGGCCAAUGCAGGAGUCUGGGGCCCAGGAGGCCAAGGGAGUCCCUGCUGGAGCAGUCAGCCUCUGAAAUCAUGUGCCUUCCAGCCAGGGCGCCCCUGCCCUCCUGUCAGUGGGGAGCUGAGACACCCACCCUGCCUCCCUCUCCCCUGCACCCUCAGCUUCUCUUCAGUGGGGGGGGGGUGGGGGUUGUGAUGCCCCCCAGGGCUGCGGCAGUGACCUGUUUUAUAAUAAAGCUCCACUGGCUCUGC